AUGAGCAAACAAAAAUCGACAACAACUGUUAUCAGUGGUGCAGCAGCGAUGCCUAGCACCACCACUAUUACCAACGCGAACAAUCGUGCUGCUGUUGUGUUGUCUCGACCUAUGCGUCGGGUUCUUCAAAAUUUCCGACUUCUAUGGCUUGAUGCCAAGUUGGAUGAAUCCAAGGACGAUUUCAAGAAAUCGUUUCGACGUUUGCGACGUGUUGUAGCAAGCAUCGAAACAUUUACAGAUGCUCAAGAAUGCAUUGACUUUCUCAGUGCCAUUACAAAUGAAAAGGUAUUUAUGAUUGUGUCAGGCUCACUUGGACAAAAAAUAGUAACAGAUAUUGAAUCCAUGCCACAAUUAGAAUCUGUGUAUGUUUUUUGUCGCAAUAAAUCUCAUCAUGAGCAAUGGGCCAAUAAAGUACCAAAGAUUAAAGGCACAUACACAAAAAUCAAACCGAUCUGUAAGGCCUUGCAAAUCGAUGGUGAAAAUUGUGAUCGAUCUAUGAUCUCGAUCAGUUAUAAUGGCAUUGAUGCUUUAUUUAUGUAUACACAAUUAUUCAAAGAAGCACUUUUGGAAAUUGAAGAUGACGAUGUCAAAUCGAUUAAAGAUCUCGUAGAGUACUGUCGUCUACAAGAUGAUAUUGAUGAAGGUCAAAUUAGGAAGGUCGAAAAUGAAUAUCGUGACUAUACACCAAUAUGGUGGUAUACAGCGGAGACAUUUAUUUAUCCCAUGCUCAAUCGUGGACUCCGACAAAUGGAUGUUGACAUCAUCCUUAAAAUGGGCUUCUUCAUCCGUCAUUUACAUCAACAUAUUAAAGAAUUACAUAGUGAACAACAAGGGAACAUGCCAACAAAUUUUCAAGUCUUCCGUGGACAAGGUUUGUCCAUGGAAGAUUUUGAAAAAAUGAAAAAAACCAAAGGAGGACUUAUGUCCUUCAACAAUUUCCUGUCAACAAGUCGAAAUCGUCAGAUAUCUUUCAACAACUUUGCACGACCAGCGACAAACAAUCCUAAUUCAGUUGGCAUACUUUUCAUUAUGAACAUCAAUACGGCUAUUUGCACAAAAACAUCAACACCAUUUGCUGAACGUCAAUAUAAUUACAAAAAAAAUCGUAUUCUUGUCUAA